AUGGAUCAUUUCAAUGUUGCGAAGGAGAAAAGUUGUUUAAUGGAUUUACCGAAUGAAUUAUUUCUUGGUAUUUUCUCCUAUUUGGAUAUAAUGGAUAUGUUUAAAGCAUUUUAUCAAGUAAAUCUUCGUUUAAACAAUCUAAUUCAUAGUAGUACCACAAAUGUGAUACUUCCAAAAGACAUGACAAAAUGUUGGUUUGAUGAACAUGUUGCAUUAUUCGAGCAAAAUGUGAAAAAUCUCUCUCUUCCUUAUCGAUUUCUCGAAUAUAUUUCUGACGACAAAGUCAAUUUUGUAAAUCUUCAAUUGAUAAAUAUUCAAGGAAAUCUAUGGAAAGUGACUUUAACAAUUGAAAAUUGCACACUUUUAUCUGUGUUAUUAUCUUUAAAUAAUCUUCGUAAAAGCAACCUUUUUUACUUCUCAUGUCCUACCGAGAAAUCAGCUUUUUUACCUAAUAAUAAUGAUCUCCAUAUGGGUCCUGUAAAUUUGAAGCAUUUCUGUGAAAGUCGUUUUACUGUUGAAGAAUUGCAAACGUACUUUUGUCCAUGUCUUCAAAGUCUGUCAUUGGAAAGAUGUUCUGAAAAAGGUUUUUAUACAAUAAUGACAUGUCUACCGAAUUUAAUUGACCUUCAAAUCGACAGUCUUCUCACCGAUCAGGACGAUUCUUUCUUAGAAAAAUUUUCUGAAAAAAAUCUAAGAACAAAUUGGAUCAAUUUGUCUAUCAAAGAAAUUUAUGUAGCCAACUUGAAUAUUUUAGAAUAUAUUCUUAACAGUUGUAAAGCAUCUUUGGAAAAAUUAACACUUAGUAUUGAUUCUUUAACGCCUAUUCAUGGAUAUCAAUUAGAAAAUUUAUUCAAAUCCUGUCAAAAACUAAAGAAAUUUUCAUUUUUAAUUCAAUCUGAUGGGAUAAAAACAAAUGUGAAUGAUUAUGAAGGUUCUUUUCAAAGUGAUUGGUGGCUUGAUCAAUGUCGUUCACCAGUUUAUAUUCAAUGUGAUCAGCUAACAACAAUGGUUGCGACAAUGCCAUGUCGAUUUUCGUUUCCUUACAAAACAAAUCUCAAUCAAUGGUAUUUGAAUAAAGGUGAUGAAAAUUCUUCAUUCGUUCGUUUUCCUAAGUUAAUGGAAGGUAAAUCACUAAGAGCAGUAUUACCUCGUGUACAUGAUUUUUAUGUUGCCUCAUCAGAGAAACUUGAUUCGUUAACGUUAUUAGUUUGGAUUCUUCUUUGCCCAAAUCUCGAAAUAUUGAAUAUUUCAAAUUUAACCACGUUUAAUAAAAUAGAAUUAGCUAAACAAUUUAAUGAUCAACUAAACAAUGAUCAACGGUUACAAUCGAUUCUUGCUCAGAUUCAAAGAUUGAGUCUUAUUAAACGUUCAGACGAUUUCCAUUUAAUUACAAGGAAUCAAUUAUCAAUGGAAUUUGCCAAAGUUUUUUCUAGAGCUCUUAUCUGGUAA